AUGUUAGCUAACAGUCGCAGCACCCUCGCUGAGGAGGUCAUCAAGGGUGUCGAGGCCGCUGGCGCCAUCGCCAAGCCUUACCAGAUCCAGGAGACCCUCCCCGCCGAGGUUCUCCAGAAGAUGCACGCUGGUGGCUCGCUCAAGCCCAAGUACCCCAUCAUUGACGCCCUCACCAAGCCCGAGGAGCUCAAGGAGCUUGACGGCUUCCUCCUCGGUGCCCCCACCCGUUACGGCCGUCUCCCCGCCCAGGUCUCGGCCUUCUUCGACACCACUGGCCAGCUCUGGGCCUCUGGCGCCCUCGCCGGCAAGUUCGCCUCGACCUUCACCUCGACCGCGUCCCAGCACGGUGGCCAGGAGACCACCCACCUGACCACCAUCCCCUGGUUCGUCCACCACGGCAUCAUCUACGUUCCCCUCGGUUACACCCAGCCCUACCUCACCGACCUGACCGACGUCCACGGUGGCUCCGCCUACGGUGUCUCCACCGUCGCCGCCGCUGACGGCUCGCGCACCCCCACCCAGGGUGAGCUCCAGCUUGCCAAGUACCAGGGCGAGUACUUCUCCAAGAUUGUCGGCCAGUUCGUCGCCGGCAAGCAGUAA